AUGCAGAGGGGAAGAUGAGAGGAGCUGCUCCAGGCAAGAAGACUUCUGGUCUGCAGCAGAAGAAUGUUGAAGUGUUUUUCAGGAGGGAUGGAGCUCACACCGUGUGCUGCCUGGAGAGCCCGGCCAUCUCCACACGGAAAACAAAAAAGAACAAGCAGAAAACUCCAGGCAUUGGGGAGGGCAGCAGCACCAGUGAGACUCCCCAGCCUCCCAGGAAGAAGAGGGCUCGGGUGGAUCCCACAGUUGAAAGUGAGGAAACGUUUAUGAACAGGGUUGAAGUGAAGGUGAAGAUCCCCGAGGAGCUGAAGCCAUGGCUGGUGGAUGACUGGGACUUGAUCACCAGGCAGAAACAGCUCUUCUACCUCCCUGCCAAGAAGAAUGUGGACUCCAUUUUAGAGGAUUAUGCAAACUACAAAAAAUCCCGAGGAAAUACUGAUAACAAGGAAUAUGCUGUCAACGAGGUGGUGGCUGGCAUCAAGGAGUAUUUCAACGUCAUGCUGGGCACUCAGCUGCUCUACAAGUUCGAGAGGCCCCAGUACGCCGAGAUCCUGGCCGACCACCCCGACGCCCCCAUGUCCCAGGUGUACGGAGCCCCACACCUCCUGAGGCUCUUUGUGCGCAUCGGAGCCAUGCUGGCCUACACGCCCCUGGAUGAGAAGAGCCUGGCUCUGCUCUUGAACUACUUGCAUGACUUCUUGAAAUACUUAGCAAAGAAUUCCUCUGCAUUGUUCAGUGCCAGUGACUACGAGGUGGCCCCUCCCGAGUACCACCGGAAAGCAGUGUAAGCCCAGUGUCACGGGCGAGGCUGGGCUCCUGCUCACUGCCCACUCCUGCAUCCUGUCCUUCACUCCCCAUCACACAGCUCUGUGAGCAUGAAGUGCGUGGAGUUUGUGUGAAAUGGAACUGCCACCCAAGCCCAGAAGAGUUCUUGUUCUCCAGUGGAAUUUCUUGUCCCGACGUGGAAGCUCUCAGGAGCCCCGUGGUGGUGCUGGCUUGGUGUUUGCAUCUCUGGGAUGCAGAGGAAUGUGUUCUGCUGUGUCAUUGUCUGCACUCAGUGCUCCCGGGGCUGCUCCCCCCGAGGCUUGGCCUCACUAACCUGCUUUAUUCCAUUGUCAUGACAGACCCACGAGGGCUGUGUCACCUGUGUUGGUGCUAUUGACUGUCUCACUCACCCCAGUGACUUCUUGGUGUUGGAAGUUCAAUGUUUGGUUCAUAAAUGUCUGCUUUUCAUGGGGUAGUUGAAGGACUGUGACUUUUUUUUAUAUUCUAAUGAUAGGAAAAUGCAUUCUCAUCUCGUAGUGUUUGGAAAUGUUGGUCUUUCACAGAGCUGUUUUACAGAUCUGCAAAUAAACUUUUUUA